GCCAGCUGAUCCUUGUGCCAAAGAAAACGUGACUCCAAAUCGAGAUGGUAAUGACAAAUCUCCAAUUCAAGAAGUGGCAAUGGACUUAGUUCCAGACAGUACAGGUCAAAAUACUGCAGUUAAUGUUGUGUUGUUAACCGAUGUUACUAAUAAUCCUGAAAACAAGGCUUACCAUAAUGUUAAUACAUUUUUUGAAACCAACGAACUAUGUCGUCAACCCUGUAGUAGCCGAAAAAGAGACUAUGUAAAUUAUAACGUCUCUCCCGUGAACACGGACGAAUCGGAUGCAGAUGUAAGUGAUCAAGAUCCUACAUUUGACCAUAAAGAUAAAAAAAAGAAGCCAAUACCAGUGUAUCCUAGGUCACGGCGAUUAUCUACAUCUAGUUCUAGUAGCUCGUCAUCAUCGAGUUCAAGCAGCUCUUCAUCGUCAGGGUCUUCUUCCGAUGACUCCAAUACUUUCAGUAAUCCGGACAUAAUGGCUAAUGAAGAACCAAUUGAGGUACCGUGAACAAGCCAAACUCAAGGACCUGAAGUAAGUCAAGGUAACAUUGAAGAACAAAUGGAUAUUAGCAAAAAGAAAGGUAGAAAGCGCUCUAGUGAUCCCCAAAAAUGGAGGCAAAACAUAAAUAAAGUGCUAAGAAAUACUGGAAAUUCUUAUGAAUCUAAGAAAAAAGAAACCGUUCCACCUCGUCAAGUAAAGCCACCUUGCACUGAGCGCUGUAGACUUAAAUGUUCAGAAAAGUUCACAUCCGUUCAAAGACAAGCUCUUUUUGCCGCUUUUUGGGCCAUUGGUGAUAUUGAUAAGCAGCGACUAUUUAUAAACUCUUGUAUGUCCAACGUCAGUCCUAGAUAUAAAUACACAAACGCUUUGCAUCCAAGGCAGAGCAAUAAGGCUUUCCACUUUGUCAUGGAUGGUAAAACCAUUCGAGUUUGUAAAACUUUUUUUAUAGCAACACUAAAUAUAUCCGAUCGCGUGAUUCGCACAGUAAAACAAAAGUGCGAUAAGCUUGGUAUUAUCCAAUGUGAUCCAAGAGGAAAACAUAACAACCACCGCACCAAUGAUGAAUCACUGAUUUUAGACAUAAAAAAAUUCAUAGAUGCUAUACCCAGAAUUGAGUCGCACUACACAAGACAAACUUCUACUCGGGAAUAUAUUGAUGGUGCAAAAAGCAUCAAGGAUAUUUUCAAAGACUUCAAAGAAAGUCAGGAAAAAAACAACAAGCCAUAUGGAAAAUAUUGCACAUUUUACAAUAUUUUUACUAAAGAAUAUAAUAUAUCAUUUUAUUACCCUCGAAAAGAUCAAUGCGAUCUAUGUCUGCAGUAUGCAAAUUCAAACAACGAGCAGAAGAAUCUGAUGCGCGGUACAUUUGAUGCUCACCUGGAGGAAAAAACAUUAAGUCGCCAAGAUAAAUACAAUGACCGUUGCAAAAUAAAUGAAAACAAUAAAGUGUUAGUUUUCGAUCUACAGGCUGUUUUACAAUCGCCAAGGGGCAACACAUCAGCAUUCUUCUAUAAAUCCAAAUUAAACAGUUAUAAUUUUACUAUCACGCUUUUGAACCAAAAAGUUGACGGUCAAAUGAGAGAUUCUGAUGUUCACGCUUAUUUUUGGAAUGAAACUGAUGCCAAACGCGGUGCUAAUGAGAUAGGCUCCUGUUUAUUGGAUUGUUUUGAUAAAAUUUGUCAAGAAUCAAGACUAAGUGACGGUGAUGGCCUCAAUUUAAUUUUAUAUUCAGAUAAUUGCACUGGGCAAAAUAAGAAUAAAUACAUAGUGGCACUUUAUCUAUAUGCGGUGACCCACUUGAAUAUAGCAUCAAUAACACAUAAAUUUUUAAUUAAGGGGCACACCCAGAACGAAGGGGAUAAUGCUCAUAGCCUCAUCGAAAAGGAAAUUAAAAAGAACCUGAAAUCAGGACCUAUAUACUGCCCCCACCAGUAUGUAACUAUGAUCAAAAAUGCCAAAAAGACCGGACAAAAGUUCUUUGUACAUGAAUGUACCUAUGAUUCAUUUCUCGACUUGAAAAAAGCUUCAAGAAGACUGGGGAUACAAUUUUAAUGAAACUGAAGAUAAAAAUUACAUAUCAUGGAACGACAUAAAAAUUAUAAAGUGCGAAAAAGGUGAACCUUUUGCUUUCUUUGUGAAAUCAUCAUACAAAGACAAUGAAUUCAAAAAAAUAUGUGUUAGAAACAAGAGAAAAAAGAUGAAACCCUUGUCAGAGCUAACCACAGUAAAAGCAUACACCGGCAAGCAAGAACUCAGCGAAAACAAGAAGAAAGAUUUGAAGGAGCUUGUGGAUAAAAAUUUGAUCCCUCAUUUUUAUAAAGAUUUUUAUGAUACAAUUCUAUAGACUUAUACUUCCUACUA